AGACACACAAUGAGAGCCUGUGUGCCUGUGAGAGCGCUGGGCACAGUCAGAAGCAGCAGAGUGUGCAGAUAACACUCCAGCAAAACAAAAGUUACAGGAACUCCAUCCAGUGCCCUGCUCCAUGCUGGGCUCUACACUAACUGGAUCAGCACCUGGUUCCUGCUGGGCUGGCAUGUUACUAACCCACAUUCCCAGCAUGAGAAGGAACUGAGUGAAGCCUGAGCCAGCCCCCUGCAGAUCUGGGAAGCCCUUCUCUUUCUCUACAACAACUCAUCGCCCUGGAACUGGGACAGCCAGAAGUUCCAUAACAAGCAGUUCUUCCCAGCGAUAUUUUUGGAACUCAUGUGGCAUCACAAGUGAGGAUAAAAACUGCACUCCUAUCAUCUACUAAAGUGCCUCCAUACAGUAUAAAGAGAAUGGGGGAAACAGCUCCCCCACAAGCCCCGGCAGGUAACCUCGGAAUAGGUGUUGCAGGUGCUGGGCUCCUCGGGGGCGGGUCAGUCACUCCUCGUAUUCACAGCGCCAUUGUGGAGCGCCUGAGGGCUCGGAUUGCUGUGUGCCGUCAGCAUCACUUGAAUUGUGAGGGUCGGUAUGAGCGGAGUCGGGCAGAGAGCUCCGACAGAGAGCGGGAGAACACGCUACACUUGCUGACUCUAGUGCAACACGGGCAGGGCACCAGGAAGAACAACAAACACAACAAGAGCACAUGUGCUCCACCCCCUGACUACCAUCAUCAUCAUCAGCAACACCUGCAAAGCACCGAAGGGAAAGAAAUCAACGGGAACCAACAACCUCAGUCUUCAAAUGGGCUGAACCAACGCAACUCUGCUCUGAUUGCACUGCAAGGCUCUUUGAAGAGGAGAAUUGUUCCACCGGCUCAAAGCAAGAGACCAAAUGGCAUUUCGGACCAUUCGUUCCUUGAUUUCAAGAAACUCAAAAAUGAGCAUCUCUUAGCAGCACAAAGCAGAUAUCAUAAUGUUGAUGGAAUGAAGUUGGCCAGUUCCGGAGAUCGACAGAUGGAGCUUGCAGGACCCAGAAGCACCGAUAAUACAAACAACAACAGCAACUGCAAUGUCAAUGAUUUAUUUAGCUUUGCUCUGAAGGAUAUAAAAAAGGAGCCAGGGGAGGCUGUGUCUUGUGGCAAGCACUUAGAUGUUCCCCUGUCUCAUGAAAAUCAGUUGAAAUAUGAGGAGGAUUCAGGAGAGCAGUUUAUGGAUCCUGAUCUGCAGGAGUUAUUUAACGAGCUUACUUAUAUAUCGGUGCCGCCCAUGAGUGAUACUGAAUUGCAAAACAUGAUAAAUAUCACCAUCAAGCAAGACGAACCUUUCCACAUUGACAUAGGGCACCAAAAUCAACGGACUACAUCUUCAUCCAUGCCUUUAGACAAAGUCACCAUAAAAAGUGAAUAUUCGCCUGGCCUAGACCCUGCUCGUGUUGCUUCACCCCAGUUGAGGCCUUCUUCUACAGGACCGGCCUUUCCGAUGUCUAGUGCCCCCUUGACAUCUACGCCAAAUGCUACAGCACCCCAUAACCCAUCACAGACGCAGGUUUCUGGUACAAACCGAUUGCACAGCUGGCAGGAGUUAUCCCACGCACAACAGCUCAAGCAAAUAGCAGCUAACAGACAAAAUAAUAUCAUUCACCAACAUCAGCCAAGCCAGCCCUCAAGCUGGCCAACUAUGUCACCAACCGGACUGUCACCAAGGCCGUUUGGAGAUGUGAAAGUCCCGAGCCCAUUUCGGCAUCAGCAGCUAAGUCCUCAUAGUCCUUCCACAAGCGCCGUGCCUGUAAAUGGGGCACAAUCGAAAAUGAUGAGCAGCUAUCUCUAUAAGCAGAAUGCAAGUUCCCAGAAUAACAGCAAUGAACUAAUAAAAGCGCAGGAUGCUGCUAAGUGUGCAGUCACCAACUCCACUCAAGAACAAAUUCAUAGCAACAUUAAGCCUUUGUUCCAUUUUAACCAAGACCAGCCAAACCAACAAAUAUCUUCUGCCGUAAGCAAUCCAAACAAACCCGUGUUACAAUUCCCUCAGCAGAAGCAACAGACCCCUACAUCAAAACAACACCAUGAACAAACCCAACAGGUACAAAGUGUCUCUAACCAGCAACUGUCAAGGCCAACCACAUUUCAGCAAAAGAUGACAUUUCCAAAACUACCGCAAAACCAGCCAAUCUCAGGACUUCAUUACUCAUCCGUUCAUUCACAACAGGAUCAGCAUUCUGCCACAGCCCCGGGUACCCCUACCAGCUCCAACCCAGCAUCAUGUGCAAGUCCAAACACCGGGAAUGGUUAUUCCUCCCAGCAGCCCUUGUCAGCACAGCAACUGAUGGAGAAGGCAAAUGCCCUUCAGAGGCAGAUGAUGGAGCAGAAACAGCAGCUACUAUUGCAGCAGCAAAUGCUGGCAGGAAUGGAGAAAAGUAACAGCCAGGAUCAAAUGAGCCACUUGAACAGGCCCCCGCCGGACUACAAGGACCAAAGACGAAGCUCAGUUGGCCUGCAGCAGCCCGCCAGCCACUACUCAAAUGGCCUUCCAACUGUUGGUGUCAACCAAAGUCCACCAGCAACAACCAACCCUGUUCCAACCCACAAUCUCACCCCACCAAAUCCAAGCCAUUCUUCCCCAAACCACAGUUCCAGAAUGACACCUCUUCCUGGAGCUCAGAACAUGUAUGGGACUGCGCCGUGCUCCCAGCAAGCUAUGUAUAACGCGAGCCCUGGCGCUAGCAAAAUGCAGCAACAAACUAGCCCAAAUACACUGGGGAGCAAUCAAAACAGCCACAUAUUGCCAAGGCAAUCGCCAUCUGGACAAGGGAAUCCACUGCCUCCUUUCAGUGCCGGUUCUGCGACUAGUCCUCCACAAUUCAGACCUUCUCUCAAUCAUGGAACCAAUAUGGCAGGGCAAAGACCAUCCAAUGGUCUGAUCAACUCACCCGUACCGCAGAUCUGGGCAUCACAAGAAGCCAAGAAGCAAAGCGGGCUUUGCUUCUCCAACACCAAUCAGUUUUCCAACCAGUCCCUUCAAGGAAUGCUGGGAAGCCAGAAUUUUGCUCCCAAUCAGCCUGAAUUGCAGAUGAGAGCCCAGAUGAGCCAAUCCCCUGCUGGACAAACAAUGGAGCCACUCAGAGGCUUCAACAGUGGGCAAGCUCAGCUGCGAGCACAGUUGUCCCCUAACCCCAAUCAAGGCGGGGCAAGUACAGCCAUGGCAGCAAACACAUUCACUUCCACCAAUCAGGUGCCUCGAGCGUUCCCAGGUUCCGAUACAAAUAAUGAUUUGGGAUCUUUCGAUUUCCUUUCUACUAACAGCGACUUCGAUUUUAUUGAUACGUUGCUUAAAACUGGCCAUGCCAACGAUGACUGGAUAAAGGACAUUAUUUUAGAUGAGAUCUUUAAGAACCAUGCCUGAAAUGGUAUUGUCUACUGUGCCAGUCUAGUGCAAAGCCUCCUAAAGGACAACUUAACCAUGCCAUUACAUGUUUAUAUUAAAUGCAGGACAGUGCUUCUUAUACAUUACUUUAACCUUCCCAACCAUCAGGGAGCCAUAGUCUAACCCCGAGCAUUAGUGGUUUAUUUCAGAGGAAGAUACCAGCUAUGAAGGCAUAGGAUGUUGGAGUAGAACAACUUACAGGUUCAGACAUUGUCUUAAACUCCUUAUUCCAUAAAACUACAAGUUCUAACUAAUGAAAGAUAUAUCCCUUUUUAAAAGGAACCACAUUUUGUAUUAUGUAUUAUAGCUAUAGAAAUAUCAGUUCAUACUUUCCCCCCAGUACUUUCCCUUCAAACCAGGUUUAAAGUUAAUGUAAACCAUUAAAGCAAAUGGUUUAUGCUCUUCCAUAAAACAGUACCUGUAAUUGAUCCCAACUAAGAUAUAAUUACCCCUUAUUGGGGGCAGAACAGCCCUAUUGGGUU